AUGGCAGAGGCACAGCAGAACAUACACCAGGAAUGCGCUGAUUUCCGAGUCCUCACAUGGGACAAGCCGACCACGAAAUGGAACAAUCCUGAGGAUAUCCGCCCGGUUGACUUCUGCGACCAGACGUUGCACCCGGUGCUACGGACAGACUCGCAUGUUGUGGUGAUAUUCGCAGACGCAGAUAAGGUGCGCGUGUGCGACUCCUGCAAGAAAUGCUUCUCCGAUAAACUCCGCAUCCCAGAGCUGUGGUGGUCAAGCUACAGUCGCAGAUCAAAUGGUUACUUUGGCAGUGAAACAUUUCGAGAUGAACAAGGGGAUAUUUCAUCACUUAAUACAUGGUCGCGCUUCCUCGCCAAACAAUUAAACGAGGACGGUCAUUCAUGGCACAAAUUCAACAUCUUCACACACUGGGUCGCUUCGUCUCAUCAGACCUUUCUUGUCGUCUUCGAAAACCACAAUCAACUCAGACUAAGAGAAAGACUCCCCGAUCCGCUACUCAAAGACUCUCACAACGAUGUCCACAGCGAUCCCUUCUGGUUCUACCCUCGCUUGUUUGAGGAGCUGUCCGUUCUCCAGGACAACACCGUCUGGGCAGUCCGCACCCGUGUGAGGAAUAUUGAGAAAAAAGAUCUAACCAAAAAGCCGAAGCCGAAUUACAGAUACCUACAUGACACUGCGAGACAUGCUAUCCACGUGUCGGAGACGCUCGAAGUGGCCGAGAAGACCAUCGCGGCCAUCGUGCAGCAACACAGCGCUUUUCAAGAAGAAGUAGUAGCCUCGGACGAUAAGCGGGCAAAAGCAAAAUAUCGGUACGUUGGUGAGCGCAUGGUAUGGUACGACCACAUCCUGCAGAGCCUUCGAUGUCGAGCAUCCGCGAACAAGGAACGUCUCCUCAACGAGAUCCAACUAGCCUUCAACUCAGUGGCACAGUACGACUCGCGAAUCUCUGUGGAGAUCGGCCAAGCGACACAAUCCGACAGCGCGGCGAUGAAGACAAUAGCCUUUGCGACACUCACCUUCCUACCAGCCACGUUCGUCUCAGCGCUCUUCAGCAUGUCUUUCUUCAAGGUCGACGACGACACUGGCGUGUGGAGUGUUUCAGAUAAGUUCUGGAUUUACUGGGUGAUUGCGAUACCUGUUACUCUGCUCACGGGUGUGUUGUGGUUGUCGGGUCGGAAGGUGUUCCAGCCUCCCAAGAUUGGAGAGGAUGAACCGUUUGUGAAGAAGUAUCAAACGUUACUUGGGUUUAUGAAACGGGGUGGUGAUAAGGCUGAUGAGAUUGAGAUGGUGUAG